AUGGUUUCCCCGGCGAUUGCGCUGGCGUUCCUGCCCCUGCUGCUGACGCUGCUGAUCCGGUACCGGUUCUACCUGGUGCUGCUGUACCGCGCCGUGCUGCUGCGCUGGUUCUACGACCUCCGCACCGGCCUGACCCGAGAGGAACGCGCGUUCCGCCACGUUCUCACGCAGGCCACGCCCGGAGAACCCGACAGCAUCCUGGAGGCCUUCGACCGCUGGAGCACCAGCACGGAGUACAUCAGCCACAUCGGGCCCAAGAAAGGUAAGAUCCUGGAUAAGGUGGUGCAGGAUGUAGCUCCGCUGGUGGUGCUGGAGUUGGGGACACACUGCGGCUACAGCACGAUCCGGAUCGCUCGGGCACUUCCUGUUGGGGCGCGGCUUAUCACCGUGGAGAUGGACGAGCGGAAUGCACAAAUAGCUGAGAAGGUUGUUCGAUUGGCUGGCUAUGAUGAUGACAUGGUGGAGCUGCGCGUGAGCGCGUCGGAGGAUCUGAUCCCGCGGCUGCGUGCGGAGCUGGGCGUGGAGCGCGUGGACCUGGUGUUCAUGGACCACUGGAAGCGCUGCUACCUGCCCGACCUGCGGCUGCUGGAGGCCUGCGGCAUGCUGGGACGCGGCUCCGUGGUGCUCGCCGACAACGUCCUGUUCCCCGGCGCACCUCACUUCCUGCGAUACGCCCGCUCCUGCGGCCUCUACCAGCUGCGCAUCCACCGCGCCACCCUGGAGUACAGCGCCGGCAUACGGGACGGCAUGGCACAGCUGCAGUACUGCGGGGUGGAGAUAGACACGUGA